GGCGCAGAGCUAAGAAGAGUAGUAAAGGGACAAAGAACCGCUCCCCAUCUCAUCCUCUCCGACAGGUCGGAAAGCUCAACGCCUGGAAAGUGUGUACAACUUGUACUUCGUCGGUCAAAUCUUUUCCCCCCUUCGUCGUGCAUCAUGCUGCGUCCAGUUGGCGUCCACUGUCUGCUCUGCACCUUGCUGUGCGUGUGGGCGCCGUGCAGCUCUCAGUCAGCCCCUGUAAUCCAGCUGCGACUCGCCGGGGAGAAGCGGAAGAACUACGAGGGCCGCGUGGAAGUUUUCUACAACGGAGAGUGGGGGACAGUUUGCGAUGAUGACUUCUCCACGUCCGCUGCCAGAGUGGUGUGCAGACAGAUGGGCUUCGUGGACGCCGAGUCCUGGUGGCCCUCGGCCAAGUACGGUAGAGGAGAAGGUCAUAUCUGGUUAGACAACGUGCACUGCUCUGGCAGUGAGAAGAGCCUGGCUCAGUGUCAUUCCAAUGGCUUUGGAGUGUCGGACUGCAAACACUCGGAAGACGUCGGAGUGGUCUGCACCUCGAAGCGCAUUCCCGGCUUCAAGUUCAUCCGGAACCAGGCCAACAGCGACGAGGGUAUGACGGUGCAGGUGGAGGACGUGAGACUCAGAGCCACUUACUCUCAGAGAAAAAAGAUUCCCAUCACCGAGGGCUUUUUGGAGGUGAAAGACGGAGGCAAAUGGAGGCAGAUCUGCGACGAGGAGUGGACAAAGAAAAACAGUCGAGUCGUCUGUGGAAUGUACGGCUUCCCCGGGGAGAAACGCUUCAAUGCCCGACCUUACAAAUUGCUGGCCAAUCGUCGUAAGAAGAACUACUGGGGUUUCUCUGUUAACUGCACAGGCAACGAGGCCGACCUGUCAGACUGCAAGAUAGGCAGAGAGAUUGAGUUGAAGGGCAACAGCACCUGUGUGCAGGGGAUGCCUGUGGUGGUCAGCUGUGUGCCUGGACGGGCCUUUGCUCCCACCCUCAGUGCUGGCUACAGGAAGGCUUACCGGGUCGAGCAACCCCUGGUGCGUCUCAGAGGCGGAGCUAUGAUUGGCGAGGGGCGAGUGGAGGUGUUGAAGAACGGGGAGUGGGGUACGGUGUGUGACGACAACUGGAACAUUCGAGCUGCCACCGUAGUGUGUCGAGAGCUGGGCUUCGGUAGUGCCAAGGAGGCCAUGAGCAGCGCCCAGUUUGGACAAGGGACCGGGCCGGUCCACAUGAACGAGGUUGAAUGCUCUGGGUUUGAAAAGUCGCUGACUGAGUGCCGAUUCAACCGGGACGAGUUGGGCUGCAGCCAUGAAGAAGACGCAGCACUCAAGUGUAAUGUCCCCGACAUGGGCUUCAACAAAAGACUCCGGUUAAAUGGCGGCCGCAAUCCCUUUGAGGGCCGUGUGGAGGUUCUGGCUGAGAGGAACGGCUCCACGGUGUGGGGCUCGGUGUGCAGCGACAGCUGGGGGACUAUGGAGGCCAUGGUGGUGUGCAGACAGCUCGGCUUGGGCUUUGCCAGCCAUGCUUUCCAGGAAACAUGGUACUGGGAAGGAGACUCGCCAGCGGACGUAGUCUUGAUGAGUGGAGUGCGAUGCUCAGGGACUGAGUUCACUCUGGAUCAGUGUCUACAUCACGGCAAACACAUUGACUGUCCCAAAGGAGGUGGACGCUUCGCUGCGGGCGUCUCCUGUACUCAGUUGGCUCCAGACCUGGUCCUCAGUGCCCAAGCUGUGGAGCAGACCACCUACCUGGAGGACAGACCCAUGUACGCGUUGCAGUGUGCCCACGAGGAACACUGUCUUUCCAAAAGUGCUGAGACAGCUGACUCCAACUCGUACCGCCGCCUUCUCCGCUUCUCCUCCCAGAUCCAGAACAACGGCCUGUCAGACUUCAGGCCGCGGGCGGCACACCACUCCUGGGUGUGGCAUGAGUGUCACAGACAUUACCACAGCAUGGAGGUUUUCACCCACUAUGACCUGCUGAGCCUAAAUGGCACUAAAGUUGCAGAAGGACACAAAGCCAGCUUCUGUCUGGAGGACACUCACUGUGACGAGGGUGUCCAGAAGAAGUAUGCAUGCGCAAACUUUGGGUCACAAGGCAUCACAGUUGGCUGCUGGGACACCUACAGGCACGACAUUGACUGUCAAUGGAUCGACAUCACGGACGUGAAGCCCGGCAACUACAUCUUGCAGGUUGUGAUAAACCCAAACUAUGAGGUUGCAGAAUCAGAUUACACCAACAACGUUAUGAAGUGCAACUCCCGGUACGACGGACAACGGAUAUGGACAUUCAACUGCCAAAUAGGUGGCUCGAGGAGUUCAGAUACAGAGGAAACGUUCCCUGGACUGCUGACUAACCAGGUGUCUCGCAGGUAGAAUGAAAGGCGAUACAGACGGACAUUAUAUUGAUGUUUGACAACCACUAGAGGGAGCGUUGCCGUUUUGCUCCCUUGGAGCCUGGAUUGCUGGAUUGUUUUUUGGGAUCAGGGCUCAACUGGUGCAGCGGACAAUGAUUCUAUGGCAGUGAACUGCUUGCUUGCGAAAUCUAUUAACCACAUUCUGCUGUACAAAAGUGUCAAUAUCGUUUAAUGCCGUAGUGCCUUUGCCGUCAGUGACUUGGUGCUUACCCGGGGAGAUGUCAGGGAGGAUUGCAGCCAAAUAAUUUAUUAUUAUUAUGAUGAUAUUAUUAUACUGCGCCAAAAGUUGUUUUCCAAGGCAGUCUCAAACCUGCCCCCUUUAGAUGACACAUUCACCCACAUGUUCUGUCUGCUGUGCUUAGCAUAUAUAGUCCACUGUUAAACUUGGUGCUACAACUGAAUUUUGGACAAUGUGCCCCCCUCCAAAACCGUUGAAUUUAAAUUGCACUUGCUUGAAAACUAUCAAAUGCUUUAAACUCGUAACCAAAACGGUAAUUCAGGCUACCUAAAGUUAGAUUUAUUUUCAAAUGUUAUGUCAAGGCUCCUUCAGUGCUGAACACAGUAAAUUCCUCUUCACCAGUUGCUUACUUCGAUGUAUCGCACAGUGUUUUAUGUCAAUCUGUAAACAUGUUCCAUUCUCAAUUGCAAGAAAUAAGCGUGAAAAUACUUUCUUCUACCAGGGUUUUACUUGAGCUAGUUUUUGAAAGUGUUUUAUUUAUUACGUUUUUUUAUCUUGGUUGUUUCAGUGGACACGUGUGCAUCCCCUCAGCUUAUUCAUCAAUGUCUGAGUUUAUUCUAGUCAGGGAAUUUAGUAACAUGUGGAUUUAGCGGAAAAGCCACGUGGAAAUGCCUCUCCAUUGUUUUUGUGUCACACAUUCAAGGAUCCUUCAUUUUAAAGAGUACUUGUUGCUUGCUGCCUGACUGGAUAUGUUUUGUAUGCUUGUGUGACUGUGCAAAAGUAUUUACAUUUUUCAAAUAAAUAUUGGUGAAUUCAAGUUCAAAAUUGAAUUGCUGAAACUUUUUUGUAGAAAGUCUUUGUGCGGGAAGCAUUGCAGAAGUACUCGAUAUGCUAUGGUAUUUGUGCUAUCCCAAGUUAAGUGUUCUGCUCACUAGUCACUGUGCUGGUUAUAGUAAGUCAAACAUUACAAAAACUCCUCAUCCAAAUGCACAAUUCUUCCUUUAGUCACUCGCGUCA